CGGGUCGCCGGGGCCGGGAGCGGAGCCCAGGCGGGAAGCGGGGCCGGGGCGAGGCGGGGCGGGGCCGGGCGCGACGCGGAGGGGAGGCCGCGCCGGCCGGGAGCCGCACCGCGCCAGCCGGGCUGCAGCCGCCGCGCACCGAGCGCUGCCAUGGGGCUGGAGACGGAGAAGGCGGACGUGCGGCUCUUCCUGGACGACGACUCCUACAGCCAGCACGGCGACGUCGACUUCGCCGACCCUGAGAAGUUCGCCGACUCGGGCCACGACCGGGAUCCCCACCGGCUCAACUCGCACCUCAAGGUGGGCUUCGAGGAUGUGAUCGCAGAGCCGAUGACUACGCACUCCUGUGACAAAGUGUGGAUCUGCAGCCAUGCCCUCUUUGAAAUCAGCAAGUACGUGAUGUACAAGUUCCUGACCGUGUUCCUGGCCAUCCCGCUGGCCUUCGCUGCUGGAAUUCUCUUUGCCACCCUCAGCUGCCUGCACAUCUGGAUUAUAAUGCCUUUUGUAAAGACCUGCCUAAUGGUUCUGCCUUCAGUGCAGACAAUAUGGAAGAGUGUGACAGAUGUUAUCAUUGCCCCAUUGUGUACAAGCGUGGGACGAAGCUUCUCUUCUAUCAGCCUGCAACUGAGCCAUGACUGAAUACUUGGACCCCAGGUCUGGAGAUUUGGAUACUGUAAUACUUCUUUGUUGUUGUAACAUAAAAGCACUACUGUUCUGUUCAUUUCCCAACUGUUCUAAUUAAGAAAACUAUUAAGAUGGGCAACCACAUUUAGAAAUGUUUAUUGGCAGAUCUUUUCAAAUAAUGCUUUUCUAAUUAAUAGCCAAGGAUUUCAUAGCUAACUUUAUAACCUGAAUUAUACAGUAGGUUGAAAACAUUUAAUUUGAAAGGCAGACAGUUUUUUGCUUUGGUACAAAAACAUACAUUUUUUUUAAUGAUGAAUCUAUGGUGAUCAAGGGUCAUUUCUCUCAAAACACUACAAUAGUUUUGUACACUAUUUGCUCAUAAAAAUAUGGAUUUCUUAUUUUUUUAAGCCUGGGAGUAAUACUUUUUAAAUUACCUUUACAGAUAUAGUCAUAAGGAUACUUAGAGAUAGGAUAUACAAAGAUCCUAGAAAUUGCAGUAACAAAAGCACACAGUGAUUAUAAUAACUAUCAAAUAUAAUAAAACAAAUGUGAAAAUAGAUUCAUGAAAAUGUGUUCUUUUAAGGUAUUGUUAACCUAUAAGCCUAUUUAACAAGAUGUUUCAUUUUACUGUAUAUUUUGUACUUAAUGUAAAUGUUGCUCUAAUCAGAUUGCUUUAAAGCAUUUUUAUUAUAUUUGUUAUCCUCUUGAACUAAUAUGUAGAAUGAGCAAAUGUAGCUCUCACAAGGUAACUUCAUUGGUAACAUUGCACUGUCUUGAUUAUUAAAGCACUUAUAUGUCUUCUUUGGGAAUGGAAUAUAAAAGAGUAAUACACAAGCUUUUGUUUCAAACUUUUCCAAGCAAAAUCUGAAAUGUUUUAUGACUGAUAUUUAUCUGGCUAUGAUCUUAACAUAAUUCAUGCCUGACUGGUAUUUCAUCUAGGAGAUGCUUUCUCUCUUGUACUCAGAAAUUAAAACUAUGUUCUGCAUUCCUAUUAAUGUUUCAUUUUCCUUUCAAGUAAUAUUGGUGCUAUUCAAUAUUGUACAACAAAGGCUAAUUUUAAGACACCCAAGUACAAUUUCAACUACAGUGAUCCACGUAGAGAGACUUACAGGAGUUAUCAACUUGUUGGGUCUAUGCUACUGAGCUACAUGCAUGCAUUAAAAACUAGCAGCUACUUUAAGAUGUUCUCUGAUAUGGGUUUUGUAACUCAGGAUAAAGUUAUUCUUAUCAUUUUGAACUGUAGAAUCCUACUUCAGUGUUAUGAGUCACUGUUGCUUUAAAAAAAUCUCAUUAUUUCAAAAUGAUAGGCACAUAUAAAAAAAGUCUAUGAUGUGAGUAGUCACUAUAACUUACACACCUUAAAAGUGUAUAAAUGCUCAAAUUUCAGAAUUACCAUCAGAACCUAAAUUAAUAUUCCUUUGAAUAUCUUUAGAAGUGCCAAGUUUUCAUUCAAUGAAGAUGAAUAAGUUUUUCAAAAUUACCAGGACUGGUAAAUAUAAAGGAUGAUUGAACUGGAAUACUAUUGGGGACCAAAUCAAGUCAAUGAUUAAAUUAUGAAGCUCAAAUUCUUUUGAAGGUAGUUACAAAAGAAACAGUUUCAAAACUGCCUUAGGCCAUUGUAGCAUUGUUAGAUGAAACUCAUGAUCAUUACUUUAAAGCAUUAACACUCAUUUGACCGUGCAGACUUUAUGAUGUUAGUUAAAAAGGUCAAUUGGUCUCAUGACUUUAUAGGUAUACCUUGUAUUUAAAAUGCUUUUUAAAAACAUUGGGAUAUACUGGUAAGCCUAAAGUAUUUGAUGAAUAAAAUAUCUAUUUUAAUAAAUCAUGAGCUUCUAUCUUUUUAAGUAGCUAUUGGCAAGUUUUAAACCCAAAAUAUAUAAACAUAAUUAUAUAACAAAACCUUUUAACUUCUAACAAGAGACACAUAUGAUUUUCUUAUUUAUGAACAGUAUCAAUUAUUUUCAAAAUGUAUUUUUAUUGAGAAUUUCCAUUAACUGUUAUUUUCCAAAGACUCAAAUUUUGUACCAAGUGGAUCCAGGUUUCAUAUGCAAAUAUGUUGGGUCUCUUAUUUGGGGCAGGGGUAGGUAGGUGAUAAGGAGACUUCCUCAGUAUCCAUAAUAAACUUUCUAAAAACC